AUGGCUUCUUCCCACUCUGCUACUAUAGAAUUGCCCCAAAAUGUUUCAACGCAUCUGCCAAAAGCAAGAAACACUCAUUUAACUCACAUGAGGAAUCUAGAGGAUGUCAAGGAAGGAGCAUUUCUUACUCCACCAGAAUUUGAGCAUCCGGGCUACGAUAAAAGUGAUAUGGAGGCAGUUCACUUCGAGCACAGGAAAUGUGUCAAGCCUAUGGAUUACGUGACAUUCUAUUUCAUGAAAUGUUUAAGAAAAUCAUUUGACUUCUGCACGGGUUAUGUAGAACCUAGAGAUGUUCAGCAUCAAAUAGAAAUUGCCAAUGGACCAAAGAGAAUGACUAGAGAAAAAUGGAUGACGAGGGUUGUUGUUCUUGAAAGUGUUGCUGGUAUUCCUGGUUCUGUUGCUGGUUUCUUGAGACAUUUACAGUCUCUUCGACUGUUUAGAAGAGAUAAUGGUUUCAUCGAAACAUUGCUUGAUGAGGCAUACAACGAGAGAAUGCAUUUACUUACAUUUCUUAAACUUGCAAACCCUGGGAUUUUUGCUAGAGGUAUGCUUUAUGUUGGCCAGUGUUUAUUUGCCAGCCUGUUCUUUUUAACUUAUGUGGUUAAGCCUGCCAUGUGCCAUCGGUUUGUUGGAUAUUUGGAGGAAGAGGCUGUUCGAACUUAUACCAGAUGUCUUCAGGAUAUGAAACUAGGUUUGAGUCCGGAGCUAUACAAAAUUCCGGUUCCUCAGCUUGCCAAAGAUUACUGGCAUUUAGGUGAUAAAUCUACGUUCUAUGACCUCAUUAAUUACAUUAGGGCUGAUGAGGCUAAACACAGAGAGGUGAACCACACGUUUGCCAAUCUAAAAUUGAGAGGUCCAGGUGCUGACAGAAAUCCAUUUGCCACGGAUGUUCCUUCAGAUCCAAGACCCCAGCCACAUAAAUCCCUAAAGGAUAACCGUGGUACCGGUUGGGAACGCAAGGACUUGCUGCUUUAG